AUGAAGCUCUCCAUAGGGAUUCCAAUCAUUUGCUCCCUGGUGAGCCUCAUACUCGCGUUGCUGGUGCUCUUCGCAGGCAAGAACCCGGGGUUUAUGGAAGACUAUCACAUCAUUAUGCUUAACACGUCGGAGCUUGGAAAGAACCUCGUUCCCACGCCGACGGGUGGCGGGAGCAAACCUAGCUCGACCGACAGCGGUUGCGGCCUCCCGGGCCCCUUCGGCAAGAUCUGCGGCAGCGCAACCUCGGCGGUCGCAAGUGUUGUUAGCGAUGUCGCCGACGCCCUAGACGAUAUCGAGGAUGACAUUGCCGACAAGCUAGCCAGUAAAUUGGGUAUCCACGAGUUCUACUCGCUGCAUGUCAUGGAUGCCUGCGAGGGAAACUUCAGCCCCAACGCUACAGCGAAGGGUGCCAAGUUCAACGUAACCAAGUGCACAAAGCCGCUCAAGACCGGUCAGUAUAACAUCACCGCGCUCUUCGACCACGAGCUCUCGGUCGGUCCUCUCGACCUGAACCUCGCCGAUCUCGGGUUCACCAAGGACCUGCAGAAGGAGUUCGACCACAUCCCCAAGAUCCUCCUCGCCAUGGCCGUUAUAUACAUCCUCGCCAUCGGAUUCACGGGCCUGUCCUUCUUCGCCUCGGUGGCCGCCGUGGCUCUCAUCCCUAAGCAAGCCCGGACGAUCACCCUGGCGAAUCUCGGCAUCGCGGUCCUCGCGGUCCUACUCCUCCUGGCCGGGAACCUAAUCACAACCAUGGGCGCGAAGCCCGCGGCCCACAAGAUCGACGACAUAGGGAAGCGUAUCGGGCUGCGGGCUUACUCGGGCGACAAGUUUAUCGCGAUGGCGUGGGCGGCGUUCGCGCUCAUGGUCGUCGCUACCGGUUAUUGGGGCUGGGAAUUGAGCCGGAGCGGCAAGAGGAAUGGGCGCGUGGGCGUCCACGAGAAAUAUGCGAGUCGGCACUCGGCCGAGAGCAACCAGCAUUCCCAGUCCCGGCCCCAGCCCGGGUAUAAUAACCCUCGAUACUGA